AUGGAUCCAGUGAGCAUCCUGAGCCUGGUAGGAGUAUGUUGGACGAUUGCAGCGCGGGCGGCAAGCAUCGGCACCGACAUCAAGACCGUCAAGAACCUUUUCAAAGAAGGAUCUAACACGACUCAGGAAAUCGACCAGCUUGAUGCUCAGGUACAGACACUUGACCUUACCGCCAGUCGGCUUGCCGAUUGGCUCAGACAUGGAACGUCACAAGCGAUUUCCACUGAUGAAGCGGCUCGUCUGCUUGAAAGCCUUCGAGCGUACGACAUGGGCACCGCCCGCAUCCAAGCGCACAUUCUCAAUGUCAGGAAUGGCGCGGAGAGUGUGGGCUUUGGUGGCAAAGUACGACAUUGGUGGUAUGAGAACGACCUGAAGAAAGACCAGGCUGUCCUCUCGCGUCAGAUCCAAGCCAUGUCAUUCAUGGUUCAGACAUUCUGCCUACCCGUCACGGAACGAGCCCCACUCAUGCUGUCCGGCAGCGAAUGUUCAGAAUUCUUAGAGCAAGCAAGGGAGGACGUCUCGUCCCUUGGGUUUGUGUACGGUCUCUCUUCCGCGAGCGAUCUACACGGACCCGUGCACGAGCAUGAGCGAAUGGAUACAGCUAUACCCAUCCCGGUGAGGCCUGGGGCGUGGACUCGAGCUCCGCUCAAGAAGAACGGGACUGGAAAGAUGCCGCAGAAACAACAAGCUACUGGACCCAGAGCUCCAAUCCACACCCCAGGAGAAGCCUAUUCUUACGAGCAAAGGCUGGCGGACAGUCGCUUGUACCAGAAACGAAACGGGACUUUCCCGAUUGAGCCGAAAGUGGAGAAAAGGAUUCAAGCACUCGAGCACACGGUAGCUCGGCUGAGGACGUAG